UCACAUUCUCUAGCUCACUCCCAAUAUCAUAUAAUAUAUCAUAUUAUUCUCUUCUCACUCCUCAGCUCCUAUCCAAUGGCUCAAACUAGAGCAAUUUUUAUCUCUACUCUUCUGCAUUUGAGUGUCCCAUUAAUCCUCAUCUUCCUCCUUUUCCCUCACCAAAUUCAUACCCAACCCGCCACCACUGCGCCACCACCGUCGUCGUCUACGACAUGGCCAGUCGACAUCAUCGACAUUCUUAAAACGGGUAAGCAGUUCAACAUCUUCGUCAAGUUUCUCGACACAGCCAACCAUCUGGGCAAACAGAUCGACACCCAAAUCAUCACCUCCACCGACGGCGUCUCCGUACUCGCCGCCCCCGACAGCGCCUUUACCAGCCUCCCCUCCGGCACUCUCAACAAACUCUCCGACCAACAGAAAGUCCGCCUCAUCCAGUUCCACAUCCUCCCCAAGUUCUAUUCCUUGGACGACCUCGAAACCGCCAGCAACCCCGUGGAGACCCUCGCCGGCGGGGAGUUUGUCCUCAACUUCACGGGAAGUAACGGCCAAGUCAACGUCACUUCUGGGGUGGUGCAAACCCAGGUGUCCAAUAUCAUGCGAAAAAACUUCCCUUUGGCCGUUUACCAAAUCGAUAAGGUCUUGCUGCCAUUGGAAUUCACAUCAAAAGCUCGUCCCACCCUCGGCAAUAAAGGCAGGCCCAACAAAACGGCGGCGGCCGCUCCAAAGAAUUCAAAAGAACACUCUCCCGCCGAUGAACCCUCGCCGGCCGCGAAUGGUGAGCCCAAUAGCGCCGGAAGGAUGAGCCAGUUUGGGUUGGGAUUGGCUCCGGCAGCCGUUGUGCUGUUCUGCAUGGGAGUAUUUUAACUUCGAGAAGAGUUCAGAUUUAAACAUCUUUUCAAUUUACAGAUAUUAUAUAUAUAUAUAAAGCAUGCAUGCAUGGUAUGUAUAUAAGUUCAUGCUAUGCAUAUAUAUUACUAUUAUAUUGUUUGUUUAUUUAAUUUGCUUUCCGUCUGUUAUGCAUAUGUAAUCUAUGUAUUAUAUAUAUUACACUACUGUACCUUAAUUGUUGUUGUUGUUAUCUAAUAAGUGUAAUUAAUUAUCA